AUGUUGUCAACACAAACUCUGUCCACCAUUACUCUAGGCUUUAUGGGCUUCUUAAAUGCGAUUUCUGCCCUGGAAGUCACCAUUUUGGCAGACACCAACCGGGACGGCUCCAUUGAUGUUGUUGGAGACAGUGAUACGCAUGCCAAAAAUGUGUGGACCGAGGAUCGAGGAGCAUUAUUCCUAGCCAAUAUUGCCGAUACAAACAGUCGGUGCUCGGAAGCUUAUAUCACGGGAAAUACUCGUCGAGAAAUCAAUUCUGACCUGGAUACUUGUAACGAUGCCGAAGGUACCCUGCAACGAAACCCAAAAUACCUGGCGCCUCUUAUCACCCUCCCGGUUGCCAGGCUUAGUGACUCUGCCACUGCCUCUGUCUUUGUCACCGACACCAUAGCCUCUGAAAAGGUUCGGAUCUUUUCUCGACAAGACGGUGACUGGGUCUUUGUUCCGGCGAACCACACCUUCAACUCAGACGAUGUACGACGUGGGCUAGAGCUGGGCAUAGACGCACGAGAUGUCCGCCGCCCCGGUGGAUGGGACGGCACUGCCCUAGUCGAAUUUGCCGUCUCCGAUGGCGACAAGAAAGCCACAGACUCUGUGGCCUUGCGCGUGGCUCCCAUUCUUACUCAUCAUCAUGGACAGAUAGCUGAGCGAGUGUUUGCGACGAAGGCUACGGUCCCCGGCCCGCAGGCGGACUUUGUGGCCAGCCUUAUUCAAAAUGUAGCUGACGCAGGCAUCGAUGAGCCCGUUUUUGAGUUUCUCAACGGGGAUAUUUGGACACAGGACUUUUUCGAAUCCGCCUACUCUAGUAUCCCCGGCCCUGAUGGACCUGUGGUACUACGCAUCAUGAUAAGAUCUGCGCAAGACUUCCGCCCCUCUGGUGAAGAAAUCUUCACGCGGCUCAGAUCCGACACUGUCGGUGCUGUACAACAUCCAGGCGCUGGCAUGAGCACUGAUAGUAUGGGUAAUCUCGAAACAAUCCCGCCAUACUCAUACAACGGAAAGUCGUUCCCUGCCGGCCGGGCCAUCAUGGGUUCUAGCCAGGGGGCGACGCCUCUCAUGUUCAGUUUUCUCCAGGCACAGGAGACGCAGGACCCCCUUGAGUUGAAUACGACCUGGCUCAAGGUCGGCCAUGUCGACGAGUUCCUCCAAUUCCUCCCAGCUGAUAACGACCGGGGCUGGGUUUUAAUGGCUGAUGAUCCUACCUCGGGUCUCAAUCUACUCAAAGAGGCUUCAAAGAAUGGGCAUGGACAUUUGCCUGGAAUUACAAGACCUCGCAAGCCCACGGAAGGCUCCGAGUUUUGUAUCCCGUCCAACACGAUAGACGAAGUCCUCAGGUUUCCAGAUUUGGAGGCCAUCACCAAGACUGCCGCUCAAAGUAUUGAUCAGAAUCUUGAAAUUCUCAGGCGUGAGACGGGCUUAACAGAGGACGAUAUCAUUCGAAUCCCCGGAACUUUUUAUUAUGCCCUAGUUGACCCCUGGUCUUGUCUUGACGACCUCCAAACAAGCUCCGCUAAAAUCAAGGGAGGUCCGUCAUCCAAGGUGCAGUCCAUCUUCGAGGCGGGAACCAGAAAAGAUGCACUUCAACGUCGGGAGCUCAACGUAACGGAACUCCAAGCUGCGCUGUACCCGGGUAUCAUCAACGGCGUUGUGCUGUCUGAUUCGUUGGUUCUCGCACCUAAUCCUUGGGGACCUAUCAUCGAUGGCGUUGAUAUUUUUGCUGAUGCUGCCGUCAAAGCAUAUGGCCGGGCUGGAUUCAACGUCACUUUCCAGGAUGACUGGUUCUCACAUCACAUCGGAAGAGGAGAAGUUCACUGUGGCUCAAAUACGUGGAGAAAAGCAGAUAUUCCGUGGUGGAAAUAG